CAAAGCCCUGUUACUACUUAUUUUCCUACAUUUUCUACGAGUUUGGCUCCCCUGGCCGUAGUUCACAACAGUAGUGGUGCCGGUUGUAUUAUAGGUUAAAAUUUUGUGUGAUUUUAGUCUGACUUUAAGUUUAAAUUAGAAUUGUGAAAAUGGACAAUCGGAUCACGAUAUGUGACCCAGACGAGGAAGAAAUAGACAAUGAAAUAUUUCGAGACAUCGAACCAGUCAAGUGGAUUAACGAUGAUCCUAAUUAUGACUUGGAUGAAAUCAACAUGUUUUUCCAUAGGGUGGAUUCAGAUCAGAUCAUAUAUGAGGAAAAAAAGAAAAAAUGUAAAUUUAUCGGUAAAUAUGUUAUGGGGGAUGUACUUGGUGAAGGUAGUUAUGGUAAGGUGAAAGAAGUACUGGAUUCAGAAACUCUGUGUCGAAGAGCUGUUAAGAUUCUAAAAAAGAAAAAACAUCUUAAACUCCCUAAUGGAGAAAUUCAACGGGAAAUAAAACUAUUAAGAAUAUUAAAACAUAAGAACGUCAUUAACCUUGUAGAUGUUCUUUAUAACGAUGAAAAGAGAAAGAUGUACCUAAUUAUGGAAUUUUGUGUAUGUGGAUUACAGGACAUGUUAGAAAGUACACCUCUGAAGAAACUUCCACUUUGGCAGGCACAUGAUUAUUUUUCUCAAUUGUUGGAUGGCUUAGAGUACCUUUACAGUAAAGGAAUAGUACAUAAAGAUAUUAAACCUGGAAAUCUGUUAUUGACAUUAGAUAAUACCUUAAAAAUUAGUGACUUUGGAGUUGCAGAGGCAUUAGAUAUGUUUUCUAUAGAUGAUACAUGCAAAAUGGGUCAAGGUUCACCAGCUUUUCAACCACCCGAAAUUGCAAAUGGCUGUGAAACAUUUUCAGGAUUUAAAGUAGAUAUAUGGAGCAGUGGAGUUACAUUAUAUAAUAUAACAACAGGUCAGUAUCCUUUUGAAGGAGACACCAUAUAUAAAUUAUAUGAAAACAUUGGCAAAGGUGAAUAUACAAUACCAGAAGAAGUAAAGGAACCUUUGAGAUCUCUUAUAGAAGGGAUGUUACAAAAAGACGCAAGAAAUAGAUUUACAUUGCAACAAGUUAAAAGACAUUCUUGGACUAUAUGUAGGCAUUCUAGAACAGAAGAUGAAGUGCCUUUACCUCCCUUAAGGGGAAGUAAAUGCCAUAGUAUGACUGUAUUACCGUACCUGAUGGAAUAUCACUAUGGAGUUGACGACAAUCCUACAUAUUAUACGGAACAUCAACUUAAUGAGGAAAGAAGACUUCAAGAAAUGGAUAGGACUAGCGAAGAUCAAAAACCAACUUGUAACAGUCAUUGCAACAAUAAAUCAAAUACGCAUAGCAAAAGAAGAUGGCGCAAACCCAUUUCUUGUAUUGGCUUUAAAAAAUUUCCAUCUUGCAAACCUUCGUGAUCUGGUUAUAAUAUUGGCACAAUACUGUUUUAUGGUAUUAAAUAUUUUACUGAUAGUUACAAAGUUUCUCUAUGGAAGAGAUGACUGAGUGUUUGACAGCGCAACACUUUUGAACUAAUUCAAAAGCGCAUAAAUGUAAACAUUUGUGAUAUUAAUAUUAAAUAGUUAUAUCGAAUGGUCCACAAUACGCUAUUGAUUGUGGAUUAAAUUAUUUCUAAUUUGUAAGAAGAAAGUAUAGUUUGUUUUUGUGUGUCAUAAUGAUGAAAUGAAAUAUUAUAUGCGUAAUAAGAUUGCCUUUAAACUACGAUACAUAUUAGAAUUUGUUUCUAUAUUUAAUUUUGUAAAUUAAGAUCAUGUCUAACUAAGAGAAGUGAUAAUAAUAGUCAACUCGUAUUGUCUCUAUUAAUUGAGAUGUGCUAAUUAUGGUGUGACGGAGUUUUUAGAUUCUUAUUUAUACUAUAUAUCAUUUUUUGAAAAAGUAAUACAAAUAGUUUAUAAUUAAGAGGA